AUGGCCACCUACAAAGUUAAGGUGGCCACAGGCACUGACCUUAUGUCAGGAACACUGGACUCCAUCUCGCUGACCAUUGUGGGAACCCAGGGAGAAAGCCACAAGCAACUAUUGAACCAUUUUGGACGAGACUUUGCAACUGGGGCGGUGGAUGAAUAUACUGUGCAGUGCCAGCAGGACCUCGGAGAGCUCAUCCUUAUCCGCCUGCACAAGGAACGCUCCUCCUUCUUCCCCAAGAAUUCCUGGUACUGCAACUACGUGCAGAUCUGCACACCAAAUGGCCGCAUCUACCACUUCCCCGCCUACCAGUGGAUGGAUGGUUAUGAGACCCUGGCACUCCGGGAAGCUACAGGAAAGACUGCUGCGGAUGACACGCUACCCAUCCUCCUUGCGCACCGACAGGAGGAGAUCAGAGCCAAGCAGGACUUAUACCACUGGCGAGUCUUCGUUCCCGGCCUGCCCAAUUACGUGCACAUUCCCAGUUACCGUCCUCCCGUGCGCCGGCACCGCAACCCCAACCGACCCGAGUGGAAUGGCUACAUUCCGGGGUUCCCCAUUCUUAUCAACAUUAAGGCCACCAAAUACCUGAACUCAAAUCUCCGCUUCUCCUUCAUCAAGACUGCCUCCUUCUUCCUCCGACUGGGGCCCCAGGCUCUCUCAUUCAAGAUCCGCGGUCUGGUGGAUUGCAAACACUCGUGGAAGAGACUGAAAGACAUUAAGAAAAUUUUCCCUGCUAAUAAGACUUUCAUCUCCGAAUACGUUUCCAACCACUGGGCAGAGGACCGAUUCUUUGGGUACCAAUACCUCAAUGGCAUCAACCCAGGCGUGAUCCGCCGCUGCACGCGGAUCCCAGAUAAGUUCCCCGUCACGAAUGACAUGGUGGCGCCGUUCUUGGGCGAUGGAACGUGCCUGCAAGCGGAGCUGGAGAAGGGGAACAUUUACCUGGCAGACUAUCGCAUCAUUGAGGGCAUCCCCACCGUCGAGCUGAACGGUCAGAAGCAGCACCACUGCGCUCCCCUCUGCCUGCUCUACCUUGACCCGGAAGGAAACGUGAUGCCCAUCGCUAUUCAGCUCAGCCAGACCCCCGGGCCUGAUUGCCCCAUCUUCCUGCCCAGUGACUCUGAAUGGGACUGGCUGUUGGCCAAGACCUGGGUGCGCUACGCUGAGUUCUACAGCCACGAGGCCAUCUCCCACCUGCUGGAGACCCACCUCAUGGCUGAAGCCUACUGCCUGGCUGUAAUAAGACAGCUUCCCAUGUGCCACCCCCUCUACAAGCUCCUCGUUCCCCACACUCGAUUCACCAUCCAGAUCAACAGCAUUGGGCGGGCCCUCCUCCUCAAUGAGGGGGGACUCUCUGCCAGGGGCACAUCCCUAGGCUUAGAGGGCUUUGCUGAGGUGAUGGUGCGGGCUCUGAAAGAGAUCACCUAUGACAGCCUCUACCUCCCCAAUGACUUUGUGGAGCGUGGGGUUCAGGACCUGCCCCGAUAUUAUUAUCGCGAUGACUGCCUGGCAGUGUGGGAUGCACUGGAGAGGUAUGUGACAGAGGUCAUCACUUACUAUUACCCGAAUGAUGCCGCUGUGGAGGCUGACCCGGAAUUGCAGUGCUGGGUGCAGGAGAUAUUCAAGGAGUGUUUGCUAGGACGAGAGAGCUCAGGUUUUCCCACAUGCUUGCGAACAGUGCCUGAGCUGAUCCGGUAUGUCACCAUCGUCAUCUAUACCUGCUCUGCUAAGCACGCAGCUGUCAACACAGGGCAGCUCGAGUAUACCUCCUGGAUGCCCAACUUCCCAACAUCCAUGAGGAACCCACCCAUGCAGGUGAAGGGGCUGACCACUGAGGAGACUUUCAUGGACACAUUGCCAGAUGUAAAAACCACGUGCAUCAUUCUCUUGGUGUUCUGGACGCUCAGUCGGGAGCCUGAUGAUAAGCGACCCUUGGGUCACUUCCCCGACAUCCACUUCGUGGAGGAGGUCCCGCGCAGGAGCAUGGAGGCGUUUCGCCAGCGGCUGAUUCAGAUCUCACAAAACAUCCGCCAGCGCAACAAGUGCCUCCCCAUCCCCUACUGCUACCUGGAUCCUGUGCUGAUUGAAAACAGUAUUUCUAUCUAG